UUGUUAUGAGUACACUGUUCGCAGAUCCAUUUUGCAACACAACAUUUUGAGUUGAGUCAUGUGAUACUAAAUGCAAUAGCUGUAGAAUUUGAAACUAAGAAUCGUCAGAAAGUAUGUUUGACGCAAGAGAUUCCCACGAGAAGAAUUCGUCGAACUACAGAUAUGUGCCCAUCAAUACGCCAACAAAAUUUGAAGACUCGAUAGGGUUUGAAUCUAGUGGUAAAGCAACCUCUACUGGCCUACCUGACAUGGACUUUGAAGAGGAAGAUUGUUUGCCGCCUUUACCCAGUAACUAUGGAACGUUUUCGAGAAAAAAUUCCCGAAUGCGAGCAGUCAUUUCCAGGCUACCUGAUGGAACUGUGCCACCCUACCGUGCUGUUUUUCUUGUCACAAAUGCUGCUUUUGGUGCUGGAAUAUUGAACAUCCCUCAGGCUUACAUGAAUGCUGGUGGCUUGCAAACUGCAAUCACGGUGCAAGUGAUAUUAUUGAUUUUCGUCAUUGGCGCUUUUCUCAUUGUUGCAAGAUGUGCUGGCAAAUCUGAAGCAUCAACGUACCAAGAUGUGGUUCUUUUCAUGUGUGGUCCAAAAGCAAAAAUGAUUGUUCAAGUGCUUAUCAUAAUCUACUUUUUUGGCUCCUGUAUAACAUACUUGAUAAUCAUAGGGGAACAAGCUUCAAAAGUUCUUACAUUUGCACUGAACAUAAAGACUGAUCCUCCAUGGUACACAGACAGGAGGUUUCUAAUGGGAAUAAUAUCAUGCACUUUUAUAUUGCCUCUUUGCAUUCCUAGAAGACUUGCUGUCCUCAGCUAUUCAAGUUUCUUUGGUGGGAUUGGUGCACUUUACAUUACUGGAAUGAUUGUCUACAAAUAUUUUGCAACUGGUUUUACAGCUGCAGCAAUCCAUGAUCAUAGUAAAGACAACAGGCAAGCAAACGUUACAAGCGCAAUGGCUGCCAUUCCUGUGAUAUGCUUUGGUUACCAAUGCCACGUAUCCUCAGUUGCUGUUUACGCUGAUUUAAAGAACCGUAGCAUGAAGCGAUUUUUUCUCGUGUGUGUCGCAGCGAUGGUCGUGUGUACGACGGCCUAUUCACUCUGCGGUGUAUUUGGCUACCUAUCUUUCGGAAUGGAUACAAAUAGUGAUAUCCUGCUGAACUACGGCGCUGAUGAUCUGCCUGCAAAUAUAGCUAGGGCUAUGAUUGUCCUCAUCAUAUUCUCAUCGUUUGCAAUUAUUACAUUUUGUGCCAGGACUGCAAUUGAAGACAUUGUUUUAAAGUGGUGGGGUCUGGGACCAGAUGAAGCUGAGCGGCAUGAGAAAUCCCGAAGGCUUGUAGAGACUAUCGCGUGGUUUGCGCUGACUCUUAUUUUAGCGGCAGUUAUCCCAGACAUUGGCGUGGCAAUCAGUCUCAUUGGUGGCAUUGCAGCUUUAUUCAUAUUUGUUUUUCCAGGACUGUGCCUCUUGCAAUCGGUCAAUAUUGGGUUAAGGUUGCUGACUUGGAAAGAAAAGACGCUCGUAUUAAUAGCUUGUGUGUACAUUGUUGUUGGUGUCUUUAUAUUUGGAGAGAACACUGCAUUGGCAUUGGGUAAAGAUAUCAAAAUCGAUGGCAGAUCGCUAUUUUGACGUAAUGGAAUGUACAAUUUUGUUUAAUACAAAGCCAUUGUUGUUCGUUUAAAGCCAAUAAUGUUUGGACAUUUGAUGUCCUGUCAUAACAAUGAAUAUAUUUUUCAUCAAAAAAGGUAACAUCCCUUAGACUUAUUUGACGGGCUACAUAUAGCAUAUAGCAGCUAUACCUAAAAUCAACAACCGUUGGUGUAAGAGGGUUUAAAAUUUUACGUUGUUUCACUAUUUUUUAUCCCUGAAACCAGCUUUACCAAUAUCUCAACAAUGCACCACGUAAGAAGGGUGGCAUUUUCCCUCUUUUUCAUAAGCUCCUUCCCUGCCCCUAUCUAUUGCAUUGUCACCAUCUUGAUUUUCUCAAAUAAAUUCUAAACAUUGGUGGUUUCUAGACGCACGCAAGACAUUUAGAUAUUCUUAAUAUUUCGAUAAUAUAGUUCUUGCAUUCGAGUUGUAAAUUAUAAUGUUAUCAGGCAAUAUUUCCUGUGCCAAGUUAACUACCAAAGUUUGAUUAAUAAUUGCGAAGAAUUGUGUUGCUAUUUUCUAGGGUUAACAGUUGCAAUGCUCUCCAGCAAAACAUACUACCAACAAAGGACGAUCACUAGGAUUUUUUAUAGUCUAUUUGUGGUACUAUCAAUUCAGGCAAUGCAUUAUUGGUUUAAGUCCUACAAAUAUCUACAAUCUGCGUAUUGUUGCGUAAAUUAAGUUAAAAAGAUAUUUUUUUGAUUAUGUCCUUCUUUUAAUUGUAAUAUGUUUCUUUGUUUGUUUAUUGAAGCGAUUACUUUUCCAAUUAUCUUUUUUUACUUCUAAUCGUUCCAGUAGAUCUUAAGGGGACAUGGCUAGUCUCGUUAGUUCUAAAGUUUCUCAGAGUAUUGUUUCCUCUGACUAGCCCCUGUUGUUUUCUCCGUCAAUCCACUACAAUGAUUUUUUUUUCGAUUUCAAAAUAUUUUCUCGUGUCAAAAUGUAAUAAUUUAUUAUGGUGUCAUUUUAGAGUAUUUUAAAAAUUCUUUGCGUUGGAAAAUUCUACAUCUGCAAAUCUAAGUCUAAGUACAUCUUUCCAGGAUAAUUUUUUGUACAUUAAAACAAAAAUAUGACCGCUCUUGUAAUGUAUCGUUUUACGAUGUAUUGCGUAAUGUCAUUGACACUAGUAUGUUAUUAAUUUUUACAGAGGAGUUUUUUAAUAAUGAUAUUUUAGAAGAA